UCUAUUAAUGAAAAGUUAACUUUUUUAAAAUUGAAUAUCUGGACGGAUAACAAUAAAUAUUAGUUAAUUCCCUUAAAGUCAUCAAACAGUUCUCAGAAUCGAAAUCAAUUUUUUUCUACUGUUAACCGCACAAUAGUUCACAAUUCAAGUCUGUGAUAAUGCAUCUGGAGUAACAAUAAAUCAAUCAUCUGAAUUAAAAUCAAUUGGAUUAAAUACCUUCGUGAAAGUUUACUCAUAUCAAUCAAACAAGAAAAAAAGCAUAAAACCACAUAAGAAAUUGGUGACGUAGAAGGUUUUCAGAGGCCAUUUUGUUUAUUUUUUUGUUUUGUUGUUGAUGUUGUUGUUACUUCUGAGAAAGUCAAGGAAAACUUUCAGUUUUAAAAGCUCUAACACAAAUCAUAAGUAUCGAUAUAUUUGGAUUAUUUCAUUCUGCACAACAAGUCUUAACUUUGGAUUAAAAUUGAAACCUUCGUAGCAUGGAGUCACUAAUAUUUAUCAGGGAUUUUUAUUUCAUCGGACUGCUAAUGGUAUCAUCAAUCAAGAAUAUUGGUAUCAAUGCUCGAGCCCCGCCUGAACCAUACUAUGGACGAACGAUUGGGCAAUUUACAGAUUUUGCACAUGGAAUCAAGGGAAUGGUCUAUGCAGUGGACGAGUCAACAUUGUUUAUUAAGGAUUUUGCCUAUGAUGGAACUGGACCGGAUGCUUUCUUCUGGGUUGGGAAUUCUCCGCGACCAUCGCCUGAAGGUUACAUAAUUCCUUAUCCAGAAGAGUACAGUGGGAGAGAACCACCAGUUCUUCGGGCGCACAAUAACAGCGACAUCAUUCUUCGUCUGCCUAUGGGUAAAAGAAUUCGAGAUACAAGAUGGUUAUCAGUGUGGUGUCGACGAUUCACUGUUGAUUUCGGAGAAGUUUUCAUUCCACCGGGACUUGAUGUGCCGCGCCCAAGAGUUUUACCGGAAUUUAAACGUUUCGCACAUGGGCUCCGAUCGAGCAACAUCAGCAUACUCGAUGCUAAAACUUUUUACAUUCCCAAUCUCCACUAUGAUGGUGCCGGACCUGAUGCUUACUUUUGGGUUGGAAACGGUACUGCUCCAAAUAUUAUGGGCAUAAAAGUUCCUAAUGAACUAGGAAGUUAUGAUGUAUUGAGAGGAUACCAAGGUGAAGAUAUCGAGAUUCAACUUCCAGGCAACCUGACUGUAUAUGACAUUGAUUGGUUAGCCGUUUGGUGUGUUGAAUAUCGUCACAAUUUUGGACACAUCCUUAUUCCUAAGGAUCUUGAUGUUCCACCAGCUUUAGGUCAAACGAAGAUAACUGUAAGUCAUAUAAUUAAAAUAUUUCAAAAUUCUCAUAACAAUACAAUUUUACAUUUAAUAAUUUUCAAGCCUGAGUGGUGGUACAACCCUACAACAACAACAACAACUAUUCCUAAGACUAGAAAUUGCAAAGAAGUCAUUGAUGGAAAAUUGCAAGUUCAAUGGGAGAUUCAAAAAGAUUAUGUCGUCAUAGAAUUGUAUGGUCGUAUAGCGGAAGACCAAUAUAUGGCUUUUGGAUUGUCUGGAGCCAACGGACGUUCUCAAAUGGUCAAUGGUGACAUUGUAGUUGCAUUCUACGAUCGUACAGAAUUAAGAUUUCGUGUAGAAGAUUACUACAUGUCACAUUUAUCACAAUGUGAUGGUAAACAAGGUGUUUGUCCCGAUGAACGGAUUGGUGGGAAAAACGAUGCGAUAUUUUUGGCGGGUGAUCGUAAAAACGGUGUGACAUACAUAAAAUAUAAACGAUUACUCCAAACGAAUGAGCCUGUGAAUGAUCAAGCAAUUCCAACUGAUCGUGAAGUUAAUGUGAUUGCAGCAAUUGGUCCUAUAAAUAAAAGAAGCGAAGCCAAUUCGCAUUCACAUACCAGUGAUGAUCAUACGACAGAUGACGUUAAAAUAAAUUUUUCAUCGAAAAACGAACAUUCAUGCACAUCCUCGCUUUAUGAUAGAAGAAGUAAUGAUGCCAUCAACCCUUGGCCUCCAUUAAACUUGAUUGGAGAAAAUACAAUUACUGCUCGCAUUGGACCGACAGGUGGAAAACGUGGCUACACAGCCAUUACUGGUCAUCCGUCAUGGGGAAUUGCAUGGUAUCUUAAUGACUUGUUGAUUCCCGAACUAUAUGUUGAAAGAGGGCAAACUUAUACUUUCCUAGUUGAAGGUGGAAAUGAUGAAACACAACCAGCAAGAUAUCAUCCCUUCUACAUAAGUGAUUCAGAUGAAGGCGGUUAUGGGCAAAAAUCUCAAUUACAACAAUCUCGACAGACAGUUUAUGCCGGAGUUGCAUUUGAAGAAGAUGGAUUUCCUAGACCAACUGCUGCCGGUAGAUAUUGUGAAUGGCAGCAUCUUACAAUUGAUAAAUCAAGCGACAUUGAGACAUUUGAUGAAUAUAAGAAAACUUUGAAAUUAGAAUGUGAUUCUGGUGAACCUGCAGUUCUAAAUUGGACAGUAUCUCAUGAUACACCAGAUCUCGUUUAUUAUCAGUGCUACACUCAUAAUAAUCUUGGAUGGAAAAUUCAUGUUGUUGAUCCAGGCACAACAUUGCACAGAAAUGACGGAAAAUAUUUAGUUCCAAAUUUUUCAACAACAAUUGUUAUAAAUGUUUUGUUGUUCAAUUUAAGAAGCUAUCUGUUAUAGUUGAAAAAUUUGUAAUUAUUGUUUUAUUCAGCUUACAACGAGAUAUUUUACAUUGAAACAACCAUGCGGUAUCUAUGAAGACAUAUCUGUGCGAAUGUUGUGUUUGGAUUGAUGUUGGCUUGUACCCCAAUCUUUGUACAUUUAUUCAUUAAGAACCAAUAUGGUUAAUAGAAACAAGGUGACAAUAUUAGAUAUCAGAAAACUUCUGAUUAGAAUGUAAAUUUUUCUACAAAAGAGACUAAAAGUCUUAAAAAUCUCUCUGAAAGAUAUGAAAUAAGAAACAAUAUGGAUGAAGACAAUAAAUUAUAAAAGUUUAGUUCUGUUGACAAAUUUUAUGAACGAAACAAUGGACAAUAAUUAAAGAAAAGAACAAUGUAAAAGUAAAAUUAUAAAAAGUAACGAAUAAUGUCAAUUUCUACAUGCAAAUUACAUAUAUUCAGCACGACUUGAAAUCGGACCAUGGAGUUUGUCAUAACAACUGAAUGAUAACUUGCAACUAUGUUCGAUUCCAAGUUCUUCUAAUAAUAAGAUAUCACUUUUGCAGAAAACUAUACCGUUGCGCAAAUUUUUUGUUGCAAUUCGGAUUCGAUAAAUUAAAGACAAUAAAAAAAUAUAAGAAUUAGAUAUAAAAAUUUUAUUCCUUUAUGACAAUAUUUGAUGUGAGAAAACUGAAGAAAUUACUCAUUAGUAUAAUGAUAACAAUUGUUUUGAGUACACAAAUUAAUGUUUAACACAAUUCACAUGAAAUGAAUUCAACUUUUUAUUUCAUUUCUUCUCUCUCAUAUCUCAAUCAUUUCGACUUAUAGAUAGACAUUUAUUAUAAAAAACUAAACUAAUAUCUAAUGAAUAAAUGCAACACUUAUUUAAUAUGUACCUUGUACAGUUUGUUAAACUGUUUAAACUGUUAUAUACACGAAUGAUUCGUUGAUCUGCCA